AUGAUGAGGGUGAGCACAAUAACAACACUUAUAUGCAGCUUUGUCAUGCUGCUGUUUGCAACUGUUGCGGCGGCGGAUGGCGUGGAUUAUUCGCAGUAUCAAGUCUACAGGUUCCAUUCCCACAACCAUUCUCACAUCAUAGAGGAUGUGGUCAGGGGCCAACUUGGCCUGAAGACUGAGGAGUAUGAUGUCUGGACAAGAAACGCCGAAUUCAUAGACGUUCAAUUGCCAAGGAGUAUCAAUUUACAAGGCACGGAUGUGUCCUACGAGAUUGUUAUCGAUGAUUUGAAUUCUGCCAUUGGUGAGACCUUUCCACUGACUUCGACACCUCAUCAUGACAAUUACUUUGAUAUUGCUCAGGAUUCUAUGGUGAGCAGUGGCAAGUACUUCUUCUUUAAAGAAUACCGACCAUUGAAAACUAUAUACACAUGGCUAGAUCUACUAGAACAAUCGUUUCCUCAUUUAGUCACCAUGGAGGAUAUCGGUACCACCUUUGAGGGGAACCCGCUCAAAGUAGUCCAUAUAUCCACCAAGAAUUCCACCAUGAACCCGGAAAGCAAGACUAUUGUCAUUACGGGUGGCAUUCAUGCGCGUGAAUGGGUCAGCAUCUCAUCUGUACUAUUCACCAUUUACCAAUUAUUAACCAAAUAUGGGAAAUCUCGUCGUGAGACCCGGUAUUUGGAUUCACUGGACUUCUUGAUAAUCCCCAUUUUCAACCCUGAUGGGUACAAUUAUACCUGGAAUGGAGAUCGUCUUUGGAAGAAAAAUAGACAGGACACUUACGUGCCACAAUGUAAGGGUAUUGAUAUCGACCAUUCGUUUCCAUAUCAAUGGGAAGACAGCAAGGAAUUCCCCUGUUCGGAGGAAUACUCGGGCGAAGAGGCCCUGCAGGCUACAGAGGCAAGAUUAUGGGACACAUUCAUCACCUGUAUGAAGAUCAAACACAACAUAUAUGGGUAUCUGGAUUUCCAUUCGUAUUCACAGGAGGUCCUGUACCCGUACGCGUAUUCGUGUGAUGAACUCCCCAGAGACUAUGAAAACCUUCUGGAAUUGUCCUACGGACUAUCCAAGGCCAUCCGAAACAAAUCUGGGAAGAAGUACAAGGUCUUAGCCGCCUGUCAGGACCGUGGAUCAGAUAUAUCAUCGUCUUUGGGUGCCGGCACCGCAUUGGACUACAUGUAUCACAGUCGGGCGCAUUGGGCCUUCCAAUUGAAACUGAGAGACUCAGGGAACCACGGCUUCCUGCUGCCCGCCAGACACAUCCUGGACGUGGGAAGGGAGACAUACGCAGCAGUUAAGUACUUUUGCGACUUUGUAUUAAACCCUGAACACUAA